AUGAGUGGGACUCUUGAUGAUGAUGCUCCAGUCGAAGGCGCUGCCAUCAAUGAGGCAGAGUCUACAGCUGAUCUUGGAGUCAGAGUCUGUAUGGUUGCCGCCAACAAACUGUCGGCUGCCAAUAUCCCAGCCUGUUCCAUUCGCCCGUAUUGCCUGUUUGUGGCAUGGAAUGGUGUCUUGACGUUGGUCUAUGAGGGGUUCCCUCCGUCCCUCAUUCAAGCCAAGGAGAUUAUGUCAUCCUCCAUUCCCAAUCUCAAAAAGGAAAACUUUGGUUCGAAAUGGCCGAAAAGUACGCUGGCGGCUGUCUUUGAUACAGCCCCCGAAAUGACACUCGCAGAAUUGACUCGACUCAAAGAUAUUUGUGAUACGUACAGUCAAAGGAUCCAAAGUGGCAACAACCAGGAAGAAAAAGCAAAGACAGAUUCGGCUAUCAGCAUGGACAUUGGGAAAAUUUCCGUUGUGGAGUACGACUGUCGAAGCCUGGAAAAGCUCCAGUCUCGUGUGGAUGUAUCACUUGCCUGCCACGGACACUCUCCAGCGGGCCCAUCGGAUGAGCAACAGGCGAUCGUCCAAUCGGUCGUCAACGAAUGGUCUACAGACCUUUCGAACUAUCUGCCCAAGGUCAACGCCCCCGGGUCUCGCAUGACUUCCUAUCGCCAGCCCAUGAGCGGUGCCACUUGUGUCACCUUUUUGGAAAUGCCUGAAUCGUUGCGUCAGAUACUGGUAGAGUUUCGAAUAGCCGUGGAUUUGGAAUUUCCGGGACGAUAUUCCUGGUUGGCGGAAAAGUCGUGGCAUUGUACCUUGCGGUCCUUGGACACAACUACUGCAAGUCGCUAG